AUGGAACAAGAAACUAUGGAGGAUACAAUGGAUGAUACGAUGGAGCAAGAACUUAAUAUUCAAAAUAUGGCUGAUGCAUUUCAAGCAAUAGCCACUGAAAUUGCAAAACCUAAUCUUCAAAAUACUAUGGCUGAUACAUUUCAAACAAUUGCAACUGAAAUUGGAAAUUCUAACCUUCAAAAUAUGGCUGGUGCGUUUCAAACAUUGGCAACAGAAAUUGUAAACAUUCCUAACACAGCCAACAAUAACAUUCCACAACUGUUUCAGGAUUUACACCAGCAAAUGGUUAUACUUGGUAAUUCAUCAAUUCGUGACCGUCAUACCGAUAUUGAAGCGUUAUUAACUGAUACAGGAGCAAUUCCACCUAACUAUCCAGUUGACGUUGAAGCAUUGGGAACACCACGUCUGAUCAAAUUGAUGGAUUACUCACUGCUUAUAGCCUGCCAGUAA